GUGGAUCUCUUCUAUAUGAAGACAUGUUCCUAUCGAGGAGCACAAUCUAUCGUAGCAACAAAUGAUAAAAGUUUAUUUUGUCGAAAUGAACCACAAGUUCGCUAUGGAAUAACACCAUGUCAGCAACUAUCUUGUUGUCUAUGUUAUCCAUCAUAUAAAUUAACUUAUCGUCAACAACAACCUAUUCUACAAUUUGGACCAAGCCAAGAACAUUAUUUCAUUAACGGAUAUCGAUCCAUUCUCAAUUGUCCAGCUACAUGUACGACCAGAAAUAUUAUUUAUGUUCUUACAUGUCCAUGUCAUCGAGUGAAUUAUAUUGGUGAAACAAGUUUAUCGUUAGCUGAUCGUCUCUCUUAUCAUCAAGAACAUGGGAAUCGCAUCUUACAAGAAUUCCUGUUCGGCAAGAAAAAUACAUCUCGCAUUCGAAAUCAAGUAAACUCAUUCGAAACACUGGUUAAAAAUGGCAUGAAACUCUAUCAACAUUCAGCUCAUUGUCCAUCAGCGAUACAAUGGUUUCUCGAUGAAAAUCCUGACUAUUGGUCGUUUAUUCCAAUGAAAAAGACCACAACUGAAGAACAACAAGAAGAAAAAGAACUAUUAGAUUCCACUGAGGACACAAGUCUAUUGACCUAUGCCAAUGAUAUAUCAACACCACCGAGUGGUUAUCGAUUUAGUCUUGAACAAAAAAUGGCAAUAGAUCGAUUUUUUCACGAAGAAAAAUAUGUCAAUUCACCCAAUCUUCAUCUUGAUUUGUAUCAGGCGACUAUUAUUGCUGUCUUGUCAUGUUUCUACAUGAAGACAUGUACAUUUCGUAAUUCUAAACGACGUUGGAACUAUACAGGUCUAUUUAGUUAUGUUGAACCAAAAGCUCACUAUGGUAUGAAAAAAUGUGAAGAUCGAAAUUGUCGUUUCUGUCAUGAGCGAUCCGAUUUAACGAAACGAUUUGAACGAGCAAUGAAUUUUUCAAACAAGCAAAUUCAUCGGUUUGUGAAUAAUUAUCAAGUCUAUUUGAAUUGUGAUGUCACAUGUACAACAUCCAAUGUGAUCUAUGCUUUGACAUGUCCUUGUCAUCGUUAUGAUUAUAUCGGUCGAUGUCAAGCACCAUUUCGUGAUCGGAUGAUGAAUCAUCGUACAUAUGGAUGUCGAAUUAUCAGUAACUUUUUUAUUAGACAAAUCGUGGCUGACCGUCUACAAGACGACCGAGAACCAGAUCCGUAUGCAUAUACUCCAUUCUAUGCUUUCAUCGACAUUUUCACUCAGCUCGAUAUAUUUAGAUUGAUUCCUGAUUGUCAAAAAAAACUGUAUACACAUUCAACACAGUGUUCUGUUGCUUUGCAACUAUUCUUAAAAUGUCAUCCUGAAUAUUGGUGUUUCGUACCCAUGACCAAGGAACAAGUUCGGAUCGAUAAUGCUGAUAUAACUUCUGAAGAGAGACAUCUCUUGGCUAAAUAUCAAGAUUUACUUGCAGUUGAAACGCAAACAAGUAUAUAUGAACGUCAUAUGACAUUGGUACGCUGGUGUGUCAAUCAUGUACCAUCACCUCCACCUAACUAUGAAUUUUCAUUACGACAAAUAAUUGAACAAUAUGAAUUUUUUCGAAGUAAAUCAGAUAUUUCUGUCACACGAUUUCUCGAUCUCUACAAUGCAGCUAUCGUUAUUGCUCGUAAGUCAUUAUACGUAAUUAGUUGUCUUAUUUAUGUUUUGUCAUCAUGAAAUCAGUCUACUUCUUUUUCUAUGCUUCUGAUAUAAUAGUACCUGAAAAUGCUUCGAAUGUAAUUCGUCAUACAAUACAAGCUUUAUUGAUCAUUUAUGCUGAACCCAAAUUGGUGGUCACUACUAA